CACUCAACUCUUCAGCCAAGAAGUAGCCAAGUCAACCAAACAACCAACCAAAAUGUUCAAGCUGAUUGCCGUCCUGUCCGCUCUGUGCGCCGUUGCCAAUGCUGGUGUCAUCUCUCCCUACAGCCAUGGCUAUGGCUUGGGCUAUGGUGCUGCCCUGGCUCCGGCCUAUGCUCCCGCUGUCUACUCGCACGCUCCCAUCAUCAAGAGCUAUGCUGCUCCAGCAAUCGUGCACGCUCCAAUUGUGAAGACCAUUGCACAUCCCGUGGCCACAUCUUAUGCCAACACCUAUAAGGUGGCCACUAAGUCAUAUCCCGUGGUGCAUGCUGCUCCCAUCUAUCAUGCCGCACCCGCUGUGGUUGCUGCCCCCGCUCUGCACACCACCUCCACCUACCACGGACAUGGCGGUUAUGGAGGUUAUGCCAGCUACCCAAGCUACGGUCUGGGAUAUGCUGGUUAUGGACAUGGUUAUGGCCAUGGUUAUGGUCUGCACUAAGCGUCCUCCAGGCAGCACUUCUCGUUGACGACCAUCCUGCACCACCCUUGACACGAACACCACCACCAAGUAGAAGAACAACAACAACAAUCACAUCUGCAUAUUCCCAACGGUUUGUGUUAGAUUCCUCAGUACAAUAUGUUCGACAUUUGUGUUGAAUUCGCAGUCGUGUUCAAAAUUCCAUUACAAAACUGGAGACAGAGACAGAGACACGGGCUGAGAGAAAGAGAUAGA